UACAGAUGCAGAAGUUUUCAGAACACAAAGCGCGGGGAGGUUUGUCGCAUCCCGGGUUGCACAGUAACGCCAUCUGUUGGCGCGCAGCCCACUCCGAUACGCAUGCCACACGUUCAACCGGAAACAUUUCGAUUGUUCAUCCAAUACGUUUAUACUGGAAAGCUUCUUUUACAAGACUCGGGUGUGUUUGAAAUGAUGACGUUAGCUGCGGAUCUCGGCGUAGAAGAUUUACGGGCAGCUUGCGAGGAUCACGUUACAUCAACACUGAGCGUGGAGAGCGCAUGUACUUUACUCGCUGCUGCUAUGGAAAUACAAGACAGACCAGGUGGUAAAAGUGCAUCAUCCUUCAUGGAACGCUGUAUUACUUUCAUUGGUGACAACGCAGCUGAGUGUGUCAAGUCUAAUGCAUUUCUAAAUCUGCCCAAAGAAGCUCUCAUCAAACUUAUAUCAUCUGAUUUUUUGUGUUUGGAAGAAGAGGAAGUAUGGCGCUGCGCCCUAGCGUGGGCGAAGCAACGGGCAGGUGUGACGCAACCCACCGCGCACUGGACUGAGGAAGAGAGAGCCAGGGUCUGCCACCACUUGGCGCCACUCAUGCAUCAUAUACGACUAUUGCUUAUUGAUAGUGCGGUGUUCGCGGAGGAGGUGGAGCCAACUGGCGCGGUCCCGAUGGAGCUGUCUCUGGAGCGCUACCGCCGCGCUGCGCUGCACAAAGCGCGCCCCGACCCCGACAAGCGCACGCAGCCCAGAUUAGCGGUCAACAUGUUUGCUGGAUCCGUGAUAUUGCAGCAAGAGAAAAGUGCGUUCCAGUCUGUCAUCAAUAGCUGGUGCGGAACUCCAAAACAAUCAUGGCGGCUGGUAUUUCGCGCGUCGACGCACGGCUUUUCUGCGCAGGCGUUCCACUCGCAUUGCGAUGGAAUAUCACCCGUAUUGUUACUGGUGCAGCUAUCCCGCGGCGAAAUAAUUGGUGGUUGGUGCGAGUCCGGCUGGUCAGCUGGCGGCGGGGGCGCGGGCGGGGGUGCGGGCGCGGGAGCGGGGGGCUACGUGUCGGCGGAGCGCGGCCUGCUGUUCGCGCUCACCGACCCACCUGCGUUGUACACGCUUACGAAGAAGGCUUUCGCGCUGUGUUAUCAUCCUGACUGCGGUCCAAUAUUCGGCGCUGGCGCAGAUCUCCUAAUCUCAAAUAACUGCAACAGCAACACGGACAGCUACAGCAACCUACACUCAUAUGGAGACUCUCUCUCGCCCGCCUCCCUCGCACCCGACUAUAGCUUUACUGUGCGCGACUAUGAAAUAUUCACGAUCAAGCAUAAUUAAUUUAUAUUUUCCGAUAUCAUGAUAUUGAGGAAUGUUAUAAAUUUUAUGUGUAUCUGUGGUACGGCUCCAAGAGUAAAUUUAUAAUUGUGCUUGCUUCUGACUUGUAUGCUUUAAUUGUAUUUUUUUUAAUAGUAUGUAGGUAUGAAAUAAAGUAUA